AGGAAACACUAGGAAAUAAGAAAAUUAGAUAGGACAGAUAGGGACAGCAAUAAGGAAGACAGACUCCAAUAUUGAGAUAAUGAAAUGGAUUUCACUAUGGCUCAUGGUGAGCGAUAUCUGCAUCUCCCUCUUGCAAAUCAAGAAGUGAGCAAUUCUAAAGGAUCAUGGCCAAGUGAAGAUGAUACACGACAUAGCGGUUGUCACUAUAAACGUCACCACAGUAGACCGUCAACAACAACAACUGGCAGAAUUACUGAAUGAAAUGGCUCAGUGUCCUACUCUUGCUGAUAUCGACUUGGACAGGAGGGGCGGAUCUCCUUCCCCCUGAAAGAUCCUACAAGAUCCUCAUGCUCCUUCCCAUUGGAAGCAAGAGCCAUAGGAAUGUCUUCAUACCUCUGGCAGAGGCCCUAGCAGAUCGAGGCCAUAAAGUAGACAUGUUGACCAGCUACGACAUCCAACACCAAAACCCUAACAUCAGAGAAAUCCCCCAUGGACUUCCCCAUUAUCCAGAUACGAAUGUGAACAUGUUCAAUGAGGCAAAAAAGAAAACUGGAAUAAUCAGUGUCCUCAAAGACAGAAUGUGUAAGAUGGCGAGGGAUAUUUAUCGUGUGCCUCAUGUGAAGGAACUCUACAGGAAGAGGAAGGAGUACGACCUCAUUGUCCUUGAUCAUCUGUUUAAUGAGUUUUCCUACCCAUUUGUACACGAGAUGCCUUUCAUUACCAUCGCUACCCCUGGCAUGGAUCCAAGACAGAGUGCUGUCCUGGGAAACCUACUUAGCCCAGCCUACAUGCCCAGUUUCCUUUACGAGCCUAACUUUGAACACGUUUUCGGACGCCUUGUGAAUACAGUUUUCAGCAUAGGAGUUCCCUUUUACUGGAGAGUCUGGGAAGUUAUACCUGCAGUUCAAAAAGAGGUCAAUGUACACUUCCCAGACCUUCCACCUCUUCUGGAAAUAGAGAGAAAUCAGAGUCUCGUCCUUCUGAACUCCCAUUUUUCUAAUGACUUGACUGUACCCCUUUUACCUUCUCAAGUGGAAGUAGGUGGUAUGCACUGUCGACCUGCCAAACAUUUACCAGAGGACUUAGAGUCAUGGAUUGAAGGAGCAGGCUCAGCAGGGGUAAUAUACUUCAGCCUUGGUUCAGUUACAAAAGGGAAUACGUUGCCUAACAAGUACAGGCAUAUGUUCAUCGAAGCCUUUUCCAAAUUAAACCAACGGAUUCUUUGGAAAUUCGAAACCGAUUUAGAAGGAAUUCCCGAAAAUACCAUGAUUAGCCCCUGGCUCCCACAACAAGAUAUUUUAGGUCACCCUAAUGUGAAAGUAUUCAUAAGCCAUGGAGGGCUUCUCAGUUUGCAAGAGACGUUGUACCAUGGGACUCCUGUGGUUGUACUGCCUCUGUUUGGAGACCAGCCUUCAAAUGCUGCAAAAGUAAUUGCUAACGGAUGGGGGCUAUCUCUUACUUUUGAAGAUUUAACUGUAGAUCUUAUCAUCAGUUCUAUUGAAGAAGUUAUAAACAAAUCAAAAUAUCAAGAAAAUGUAGUGAAGACUUCAAGAUUAUACAAGGACCAGUUGAAUUCUCCAGUAGAACGAGCAGUGUUCUGGACGGAGUACGUCAUACGUCACAGAGGAGCCCCUAAGUUGAGGUCUCCUGCUGCGAGCCUGUCAUGGGUGCAACUUCUCCUGCUGGAUGUGUUGGCUUUGUCACUCUUGAUCGUCAUUUUGCCCUUGCUCAUUCUCUGGUGGCUUUUCCAGAAAGUUUUGGUUGCAGUUUUUGGUAAAAACUCUUUCAAGAAAAAGUCUGAAUAACAUUUCAUCAAAAUCAGUUCAUAUGUAUCAAUAAAUAUACGCCAUAUGUACAUUAUAAGAAA